AUUCUAUUCAUCACGAACACUAUGGAAGCCGCUCUAAAGGAGCUCACCAAACUGGAAAGGCUGACUGGCGACUCCUCAGCCAAGGCGAAAUCUGCUUCCGUUUCGGACUCACUGGAUUCACUUAUCGAUUCUCUCCGCACUGCCAGGCAACUCUGCAUAGAAGGUGACUUACCUGAUGACUCCUGCAUUAAUUUAUCGCGUACUACGGAGUCAAGGAAAAAGGACAUCGACGAGCGACAGAAGGAGAUUUAUUCCUCAAUGUCUCGCCUUGGGAAAGCCCUGGAAAAGAAAUUCACUAGCACACUGCCUUCUUAUCCAAAUCUGUUCACAUCUGAAGAGGCCGUUACUGCGUUGGAGCGAACCGUAGUGUUACACUUCCUACGCACAGGCCAGUUCGACACGGCCCAGACACUUCUAGAGGAAUCCAACACGGAUAUUCCGAGUGUUUUGCGGGAGCAAUUCAUCGAUCUUCAUAGGAUUCUACAGGCCCUGAAGGAUCAGGAUACGGGUCCGGCACUUCAAUGGGCACGAGAAAACCGAGACUUUCUGAAAUCACGGGCAUCUCCCCUAGAGUUCUAUCUACAUCGUUCCCAAUAUGUUCGACUUCUGUUAUUUUCACAUCCCCCAGACCCACGCCCGGCGCUCGCAUAUGCGAACUCUUCAAUGCGAUCGUUUUAUGAUCAUCACGAAGAUGAGUUCAAGCGCCUGAUGACCUGCCUCGCAUUCCUGCCGUUGUCCCGUUUAAAGACCUCUCCCUAUGCGGAUUUGGCAUCGCCAUCGCUACACUGGGACCUUGAGCCCCUCUUCGCCAGGGAGUAUUGUGCCAGUUUAGGGAUGAGUAAACAGAUACCGCUUAAAGUAGUGACCAAAAUCGGUGGAGGUGGUGCCUUGGCCAAGAUAGAAAAGGGAAAACGCGUGAUGCGGGAGAGAAAGAGUGAAUGGAGCCAAUCUGACGAGUUACCGAUUGAAAUACCGGUUCCCUCAGAGAACAGAUACCAUUCAAUCUUCACAUGUCCAGUCUCUAAGGAACAGUCCACUGAAGCAAAUCCGCCGAUGAUGAUGACAUGUGGCCAUGUUAUAGCAAGAGACAGCCUACAGAAACUGAGCAAACCCGGAGGUGUCCAUACUGUCCAACAGAGUCGCAGGCAUCUUCGGCGCUACCUGUAUACUUCUGAUUCUUUUCACGUGUACAGCACUGUAAUAGUACCACCGACCGGAAAUUAUAAUAGGACUUGUAAAAUUUUAAACAAUUUGCGCUGGCCUGGAUGUGGCGGCUGUGGAGUUGCGGCCCUUACGGUGCGCUUACGGUCAUGCUUAUGUCACGUUGACCUAAGCAAGGGAUGGCUCACGGGGGACGCCGUUGUUACAUACUUGCUGUCCGCUUCGUCAGUGCCAGCAAAGGCGACUGCUGUCGUAUGUCCUUGCCUGGGCACCAUGUCGGCCUUUCGACCUACAAGAUCCUCUCCUCCUUCCAAGGCUGCUGAACUUGCCCAGUCUAUCACCCAGUCUCUCGCCUCGUCGCGUUCCGCUCCCCCAGUACCUGAGCUCACUGGUCUAUCUCAAGAAGAUGUCAAUUUGUUGGACGCCAUCAUCGACCGUGCAGGUGCAUCUGCCACCACCUUCCUCACCGUAUUCAAGGCAUACAGCGAUAUCUUACAGGAGCGAGGGCUAGAUCCCCAUGAGGUCGUCUACUACGGCAAACUCCUGAAGCUGGGUACCUUAAAGGGCGGAAGCUGGGCUGACAAGUGGGAAAUGGUCAAGGUGCAGCAAGGAUAUGCUGAGAAAAGCAAGCCCACGAUAGCUGUUCGCACAAGCAGUAAUCAACCUACCAGCCGACAGCGAGCAGCACCUCCACCAGAACGCGCUGUUGUCCGUUCCAACCCCCCUCCACGCGACGAUGACUCUUUUACACUGCAUUCUCACGAAAAUGAAUCCGAACAAGAUGAAACAGCAGAAGACGUGAUAGAUGCUGUUUACCAUCAUCCGGUCCUGAUCCGAGCUCGUGCUCGACGACGACAGUCUCCACCCCCGUCUGAUAUCACUACCAACUCUCUUGGUCUUGACUUUAGGGGAAUACCGCCAUCUUCUUCACCGCUUCCACCAUCCCACUUAAUGCCACUGUCUCGCCAACGCCGCCUCAGCCUCUUCGGAUCGUCAGAGUCCGAUAUGGCCGGCGAUAACAUGAUUACACCCCCUGCAUACAACGCUGCUGCCAAUGAUCAUCUGAUACACCGACAAAAUUAUCAGAGCCCGUUGUCUCGAACCAGGCCCCCACCCAAAAGCGCUACGCCGGUACCGUAUGGCAAGCCAACAGUUCUGCCUGUUAAGGCUAGCGCCAUCAGUGAAGAUGACGCAUGGAAGAAGAUUGAUAUGUUACGUGACGAACAAGAGGCGGACGCUUUCUGUCGGCUUAGGCUGAUUGAACGAUGCUGGGAUGUCUGGAAACAAGGCUUCCAAUGGAUUAUAACUACUAAUGAUCAAAUCCAAGACGCUCGCGACAAUCUUGUUAUGCGUCUUACUCUUCAACGUUGGAACAGUCGCUUGGUUGCUUACCGGCGGACAUGUCAAAAUGCCGACGCGAUGGCGAAUAAUCGCCAGAUGAAGCAGGCUUUUUUGCGUUGGAGACGCAGUCUUGUCGGCAAACAACAUGAAAACUGGCGAAAUUCGAUGCGGUCGAAGAUGAAGAUUGUUCGUACUAAGCGGGAAGAGAGGUUGAGAAAAGAUGCCUGGGCUAAAUGGCGUCAAUCGUACAAGUCACAUCUUUCCGAUCAGCAUUACAAUGAGAGAUUGUCCCUCCGCUUCAUUCAACGUUGGAAAGAUAAACUGUCUGCAGUUGACGGUCUGGAGGAUGUUGCCGAUGAGGUACAGCGCGCGAGAGCCGAGCAUGCUGUCGAGAGGUGCUGGACUCACUGGCGGCAGAUGACACACUUGCGCACUGUUGAGAGUAUAAUUGUGCGACGAGUCGGGCAAACGGUUAAAAGACAAGUCAUGAGAACUUGGCAGAAACAGAUGAAUGACUUAAUUUCAGCAGAGGAAUACCGCAAUCUAAUCGUGGUAAGAAACGUCAUGCGACGAUGGAAAGCCGCACAGCUAUCUAUUCAUCACAUGGAACGCCGUGCGGAUAAGCAUCUUGCUAGGCAGGAUGAUGUUCUUCGUCGUGCCGUCACAAGGGUGUGGAAAGCCCGUGAAAGAGGGCGCUUGCUCGAGAGGGUGAAGGCGGUGCGACUGGUCAAAAGUACUUGGUUAGCAUGGAAACAGCAGCUGCGGGAGCAACGGGCUCGGGAAGAUAUCGCAUCUUCAUUCUAUGCGCAGUCAACACUCACCGCUCGCAAGACCUUCCAGACGUGGCGACAGGUUUUAUCGACCCAUCAGAACUCGCAUCUGUUCGCAGUUCAAUAUCAUUCGUCUCAUCUCCGUUACCGCAUGCUAUUAAUAUGGCGUAUUCGAUGGCACGAGCAGCUCAAGAUGAUGAAAAAAUCGCGUCUCAUGGAGAAAUUCGUUCUUAUGCGGCGUGCUUGGAAUACCAUGAAAGCGAAGUACCACGACAAGCAAAGAGAACGCCAGUUUCAAACGUUCAAAGUCCAGAAACUCCGGAAGUUAUUUAUGGUGUGGGCUGGGCAUGCCAGGCGCCAUCAGGAGUGUACCCUCUUUGACAUUCGGGUCAAACACAGAAUCCUUCGAUCGGCAUUAACGCAAUGGACCAACCGUGUCAUCGACAUCAAGCUGCAGGAACUUGAGGUGACUCAGCGACAUGAAGUAGGAAUCCUCCAGGCUGCAUUUAAUAAGUGGAAGCGAAUAUGUAUGCGUCACGUCGAGGAGCUAAGUCUCAUGGAAAGCUAUCGAGACGUAAAAAGAGAAGAUAAUAUUCGGCGCGUUUUCCAUCAGUGGCUUACUGCAGCUCGGGCAGCUCGCCACCGAAGGCUUCUUUUACAGCGGCGAGAAGAUGAAGUCCAGCUGGCAACCAUGGAAAUGGCAUGGGACAAGUGGAGAGACAAAUUCAAAGAUGACCAACUUCGGCCGAUUGAAUAUGAGCUCCUCAUUCGGAAUCAACUAAAUGCACUACGUCAGGUAUUCAAUGCAUGGAAAACUAAGACUAAGUCAUUGCCUGCCAUUCGGUUCCAUGCAACUCACAUCAAAACGAAGCAUUGGAAAAUCUGGACUAGUCAAAUGCCUCGCGCAAUGCUCGCUAGGAAAGCUCGCGAGGUGGACAAAAAGAACACACUAACAAGAUUUCUUGAUAACUGGGUUCAGGCGCAUCGUACCAAGCUUGCCCGAAAAGCAGUUGCACGGGCACGACAGCUUCGAUUGCCAACGGCCAGCAGCACCCCACGUCGACCGACGGUGCCACGUCCGGAAGGGGCGCCUUCACAACCAUUUCGAAGUGUGCUCCUGCGUCGGACGCCACUUGUCGAUUCUGUUACGGACCGGGAACCUAGCCCGCCAAGGCCAUUUGGGGUACGAAGCAGUCUAGUUCCUUCCAAACCGCGAUCAGAAACGAGUCCCGCGCGUUCCGGGAUAUCAAGUAGAACGCGCGAGCCGAGCCCCGCUCGUUCAACUAAAUCUGGGAUCAGUGGUUUCCGUGGACGUAGUCCAGCUUUCCCGCCUGCACCAUCGACCACUGCGAGCGGUAUCGGUAGCGAGGGACCCAGCCGGCUGUGGCUUGAGCUUCAAAAUGUUCAGAGAAAGUCCAAGGCUCCUAUCCAGCAGUCUAUUGGAAGGCGAUCUCCAUGAGUGGUAUUUAUUUGACGUAUUUAUUUCUAUGUAUGCGUUAUGUAUCCUGCAUCAUGCAUCAUGUUUUGUUCUCGCAUAUGGUAUGGGAUUG